CACUCAUUGCCCACAAUAUUGAAAUAUGGCGUCCCUCACCUAUGUCAACGAAGAUGGUGCUGGCCAGAAGCACAGCGAUCUCUGCCACUACUCCCAAGCUGUUCUUCUCCCCGGGAACAUUGUGAAAUGCGCUGGGCAGGGUGGUUGGACCAACUCGGGAGACCUCGAUGCUAGCGAUACUCGGAAGCAGAUUGACCUUGCAUUUGAGAACGUCGAUAAGGUACUUCAAGCCACUGGGUUGAAAGGAUGGGAAGACGUCUAUCUUGUCCGGACUUACCACGUCGAAAUGGGAGCUUCUUAUGACUAUCUAGUCGAGAAGCUCAAGAAGCGCAUUGCUGGACACCGACCAGUCUGGACUGCUAUUUCGGUUCCCCGCCUUGCUUUUCCGGAGAUGUUGAUUGAGGUCGAGGUUGAGGCAUUCAACAAUCAAGCUUAACGUUUCCUCCAUUUCAUCAGCGUCUUGAUGUUCCUCCGGUUUCAACCCUCCCGCUUGUUCUAUGUGCGAAUUCUAGGGUGUAAC